GCUGCGCAGGAUCCAAAUCAUUAUUAGAGACUGAAAGCCCGAGGAAGACUUGUUUGUCCCCGCGACGAGGUCUCCAGGGAACGAGAAAACAGCGCCAGAGACAGACAGCUUGUGACGGGCACACGCUGAGAGACAGACAGUCCCCGCAGGCUCCUGUAUUUGUGUUAUCUUGUGGUCUUGACCCUCUGUCGCGCUGGAUCCACCGUGCAUUGAUGGGGUCUACCUUUCUGAAAAGGAGGAUGAAUUUUACACGCUUGUAUCUGCAGAACUAGACCACUUCUCACAACAGGGGAACCAGAAAGCAGUCCUGUUGUUCCCAGCGGUCUCCAGCCGCCUCCGAUAUCUGAUCCACCGGCUCACAGAGUCUUAUAAUACAUUAAGUAGCUUUUCGGUAGGCGAGGGAUGGCAGCGCCGUACUGUCAUCUGUCAUGCUGGCAUCAGGUUACCCGAUGAAGAUGGAGAAUCCAAAACCAGUUCUCAUGAUCAAAAUCGUGGGCGUUUUUGGAGUGCACCCUCACACAACAAAAACUGGGAGUCAGGCAGAGGAAGACAAAACUGGAGGCAGCGAAAGGAUAGGAGACCAGACAGAGAAUUUUAUGGAGGCAGAGAAAAGCCCUGGCCAAGAGACAGAGAAGGACAAUGGAGGAGUUAUGUUAAGGACAAUCCAGAGGAGAGAAAUAGGAGGCCACUAGACUAUCAGCAGUAUUUGGACAAUGGAAAUGCAGAGGCUCUGCAGAGACCUAAAAUUGUGGAGGCAGAGAUGACACCAUGCCAGAAAGAAAUAUCUGAGGGACAAGAAGAGGUUCACCAUGAAGCAGAAAGCCAAAAGAAAACAUCUGGAAUCAUUGAGAGCAGGGGUGAUGAUAGAGUAGAGAACUUUGCAGCAUUCCAAAAAUGUAAUGACUAUGCAGGUGAGAAAAGAAGAGCAGCGCAGGACAAGGGACCAAAUAGUGUGGAUAUGGGACAAGAUGGUGUGGAAAAGACAGCAAUAAAAUCAGUAGAUGAAGUGGUAUCUGAGAAGACUGCAGGCAGUGAUGGGAGACCAGCAGAAAGUUCAGAAAGGGUGGAAGAGGAAUUUGAGACAAGUAUAUUGACUGAGCAUUUGCAUGAGCUGAAAGUGGUGGAUCAGGAGGAAAAUGGGAAAAGGAUGAUGGCUUAUGAGGAGCCAGGAAUAGUGGCUGAGGCUCAAGAAGAAGCAGGGAUGUCAUUUGAGCCCAAAAAGAAGGUAAAUAUACCAGUAGAGGGACAAGAGCAGGCAGAGAUGGCAGGUGAGGUUCGUGACAAAGAGAUAAAGGUUCAGAAGCAAGCAGAGAUGGCUGUGGUGGUUCAUGAAGAGAAGGCAGAGGUUGAGCAGCAAGCAGAGCAGGCAGUGAUGGUUCAGGAAAAGAAAGUGGAGGUUGAGAAGCAAGCAGAGCUUACAGUGGUGGUUCAGGAAGAGAAGGUAGAGAAGCAAGCAGAGGAGGCAGUGAUGGUUCAAGAAGAAAAGGAUAAGCAAGCAGAACAGGCAGUGAUGGUUCAGGAAGAGAAGGUUAAACAAGCAGAACAGGCAGUGAUGGAUCAGGAAGAGAUGUUUGAGAAGCAAGCAGAGCAGACAGUGAUGGUUCAGGAAGAGAAGGUUAAGCAAGCAGAACAGGCAGUGAUGGUUCAGGAAGAGAAGGUUAAGCAAGCAGAACAGGCAGUGAUGGUUCAGGAAGAGAGGGUUGAGAAGCAAGCAGAACAGGCAAUGAUGGUUCAGGAAGAGAAGGUUGACAAACAAGCAGAACAGGCAAUGAUGGUUCAGCAAGAGAAGGUGGAGGUUGAGGAGAAGGCCCAUAGUAGAGUGUAUGCUCAAGAGGAGACAGAGAACAGAGUGCGGCCCCUGAACGAGGCAGAGAUUGAACCUCCGUCAUCCAGAAGUGAUGUAGAAUCAGAAAAUGACCAAACUGUACAAAAGGAAACAACUGCAAAAAGCUCUAAUCAAGGAACCAAGCUUAUCCAGACAGCACAGAGCGAUGAAGAGCAGCAGAAGAUAAUGGAGCAGCUCUUGACAGAGAUAAAUUCUCACGUUUGUGAAAAGGACGUCCACAUACAACCCCUUCGGGGGGAUUUUUCAGAGUUUUCAGACGUUCAGGUGGAUCGUGGAAGGUUUGGACACGUUAUUGAAGUUUAUGGUUUCUCCUCAGAGCUCAGUGCUGAGGAUCUCAUGGAGCCCUUUAAGGAAUAUAGAAACAGAGGCUUCCGCCUGCAGUGGGUCGACCAGUCUCAUGCCUUGGGAAUAUUUUCCAGCCCUGAGGAUGCCUAUGCAGCUUCCAGCCAGAUGCAUCCAGCUAUGAAAUUCCGCCCUUUGUCUCAAGGCAGCCGCCAAUCGAAGUUUAGGGCAUAUGAGAAAGUAGCCCUUACAAAUCCACACGGGGUGAGACCGCGAACCGAUGCAGCUGUGGCCAGGAGAAUGGUGAGCCAAGCGCUGGCACUGCCAAAAGAAGCGCCGGAGCGGUCUGUGGUAGAGGAAGGCCAAACCUAACAGCCUGUUACUCCCGAGGAACUGCAUGUGCUACCCGCAUGUGUGAUGGGUGAAGAAGCUUCUAUAUGAGUUGAUUUUCUGCAGAAAGAGCCAUACGUGGCAAACCGGCUCCAUCUGUACAAAGAAUUUUUAGUUUUGCAUAUGGACGAGGUCUGUAAAAGCUGACAGGCUUCAGGGGUUCUUACUUUUUAGGGAGCCAAGAUUCCCCCUUUCCUAUAGUUUAAUUUGCCCUGUUAUUUUACCUUGUACUAGAGGAGAAUACCACCUACAGUGGCAUGGGUGCUCAAGGGGUCUGUCCACUGGGCUGCCACGCUUCUUUUCUAUAACCUGGGGGGGGGGGGGAGUAUAUGUUUAUUUGGACCAACCAGAUGUUAAAAGCAAAGUGCGUGUAUUUGAUUAUGAGGCCAUUAUCCCAUAAAUCUCUGUGUCAGAGGGAGGGGAGGGGGUCUAGUCUUCCAUUCCAGAUGCCUUAAAGCUGCAAUACCUCAAAGUAGACUUGUUUUUGUGUGUUAAAUAAAUCUUAGUUGCAAUUUA